UUGUUGAACUUUCAGAUGACUCUUCAGUUCGAGAAAGCAGUGGUCCAGGCAGACCAAAUGGUCCCGAGGGACCUCCAGAUGGCCCUGGAGGUCCUUUCUCUGGCCCUGGAAACUUCCAAGGAGGCCAGGGCGGCAACUUCCCAGGUGCAGGAGCAAAUUUUGCCGGGGGACCUGGAGGAUUUCCGGGCGGGCCCGGCUCCUAUAUGGGGCCAAGUGGACCUUGGGGCUGGGGUCCGAUGCCCGGACCCUACUCAGGAAUGCCCAUGGGACCUAACCCCUUCAAUGGGCCACCUGGAAAUCCCAUGGGCAACCCCCAGGCGCCCUACAACAGGAACAUGCGCGAGAGGCCUGACGGAGAUGAGGGCAGCAGCGUGGGAGGAAGCCGUAGGGGCGGGCGAGGUGGCGGCGGCCGAGGGGGCUUCAGCCUCGGCGGGCGCGGGGGCAGGGACAGACGAUGGUAA